AUGAGCUUUCUGUAUCCCUUUGCGCCAUCAAACAGCCAUCGACGCAGCAGCAGCCGCAGUAGCCGCCACGGCUAUAGCUCCAGUCAUCGAUCCCACUCAAAAGAACGCCGUCAUCAUCACCGCUCCUCGUCGUCUGUUGUCGGCUCGAGUUACGGCAACGGCCACAACUACAGUCACAGCCAUCACAACGGAAGCACCCGUCCUUCAGAGGGUUCUAUCUUUGGUCUAGGAUCACACGCAAACCGCUCAAUGGCUUCAUCCAUCUUCUCGGCGGGGUCGUCGUCCCGCCGUGCGAAGCCUCGGGCUGGUUUCGUCCAUCGUAUGAUGCGCAAGAUCAAGAAGCUGUUCAGGGACAUAGUGCAUUAUAUGAAGAAGCAUCCGAUGAAGGUAUUUUUCCUCGUUAUCUUGCCAUUGAUAACCGGCGGGAUACUGCAGAAGUUGCUGGCCUCAGUCGGAAUCAGGAUACCGGGCUUAGCGGCGUUAUCCAAGGGUGGUGGCGGUGGCGGUAGCCGUGAACCUUUCAGCGGAGAGGGAAUAGCCGGUGGUGUCAGCGGGUUGAUGUCGCUGGCAAAGGCAUUUGCCUAG